AUGCUGCGCUCCGUCACGCUGCCGUUCGUCGGCGACGUGCAGCGCGGGCGCUUCGUGAACCGAGAAAACAGGUUCACGGCCCACAUCAAACUCGACGACGGCGGGCAGACCGUCGCGUGCCACUGCAUCAACCCGGGCCGCAUGGAGGCGUUCGUCGAGGCCGGCGCCGUCGUCUGGGCGCGGCGCGUGCCGGCGGCGGAGCGGGAGAAGCGGAAGACGGAGUGGACCUGGGAGCUCAUCGAGCGCGACGGCGUCGUGUGCUCGACGAACACGCAGCGGCCGAACGCGUUGAUGGCCGCGGUCCUCGAGGCCGGCGUGCUCGCGGGCUUCCGCGGCGCGACGGCCGUCGUCGCGGAGAAGACGAUCCCCGGCGAGAACGAGAAGACGAAGAGCCGCUGCGACUUCUUCUGCGUCGACGACGACGGCUUCGACCACUGGAUCGAGGUCAAGAACUGCCACUCUUCGUACCCCGACGAGCCCCUCCUGCGGUCCUACGGCUACUUCCCCGACUCCGUGUCGGAGCGCGCGGCGCGCCACUGCCGGGAGCUGGCCAAGCUCGCGGCGAAGCCCAACACGCGCUGCACCGUCGUCAUCGUGGCGUCGCGCGCGGACGCCACGAAAGGCAUCCGGCCGAGCGACUACCACGACCCGGGCUUCGCCGCGGCCGCGCGCGCCGCGCGAGACGCGGGCGUCGCCUUCCGGGGCCUCCGCGCGACGAACUCGCCGACGGGCGGCACGACCGUCGAGAACGAGAUCGCCGUGGACCUCGGGCCGCCGCCGCCGGAGGCGCUCGGCGCCAUGCACCGGGCCUGGAAGCGCGCGAGCGCCAUCACGGGCUGGGACCGGACGUUCGGCGCCGACGCGCCGAAGCGCGUCGCCAACGGGCCCUUCGCGCACAACAAGAAGCGCGACGGCUGCUUCGACGCGGCCGCGCCCGAGGCGAACGCGUCGGGCCACUUCCGCGCGCCCGAGACAUUCUCCACGCACUUCGCCGACUCGGACGCGACGACCCCGCCGAAGAAGAAGCGGCCCCGCCGGAAAGCCCCGACCACACCUAAGUCGUAA